UGAGGUAUGGCAAGGCCAAAGGAAAUGGUUCCUAAUCAGAUGCUGGGAAGGGCAUUUUUAGAUAGGAGUGAAAGAGAACGGUCACGUCUGAAAUUGACUCUAGCCAAACAAAUGCAGAAAGACAUUGGAAGAAUGUUGGAUGAAGAAAUUCACUCAGACUUGGAAAUUAUUGUUGGGAAUCGGGUCAUUCCUGUCCACAAAUUUUUCAUUAAAACCAGAAGUAAACGAAUUUAUGAGCGGCUUUUAGAACUGUCCGGUGGUGAGUCACAGAAUAGAUCCCUGACCAUGCCAUGUUGGUUAGACUAUGACACCCUGAUUAUCUUGUUUCAUCAGCUGUACAACGUGAAUUCUGUGGAUGGAGAAAUUGAUGAGGUAGACAUAGCAGCAGGUCACACUAUGGUGGACUACCUCCUAUCACUAUUGUCUGAGAAAAGGCCCGAUCCGAGGGAGGGCUCUUCUGAGUCUGAGGAGGAAGAGGAGGAAGGGGGCAAGAAGGAGGGACAGGACAAAAAUGGGGAGGGAAUUAAGUGGGCUGAGCCUCCAGGAAGUGAAUUUAUUUUAAUGAAUGGGCUGAGUCCAAAAAAGGAAAUGUGUGAUAAAAUGGUUCCAGAUGAAUAUGUGGAAGGAAAAGUGAUUAACACUGAAAACUGUGUUGAUAAAAAUGGCAUAUGGAUGAACAAUCAAACAUCUGAUAAAUUAUCUUCUCAUGUUGAUAAAAAUGGAGUUGAUGCACUUGAACAUCAUAUAUCAGAAAACAAAGACAUAGCACCAAGUGCAGCUGAUGAUGAUCUCAAAUUAAGUGACGUAGAAGAUGUAAUAGAGGAGAAACAAAAUUUGUCAGAACUGAUCAAGAUGUCAUAUGACAUAACGGUGCCGUACGACACAUGUAGUGUAUUAGGAGAGGAUCUUCUUCGCGGCUAUUUACAGGACUUAGAUUAUGAUUGUAUCAUCACUGUGUCUGACACACAUUUCAAGGCUCACAGGUCCCUGCUGACUGCCAGAUCGGCUUACUUUGAGGCUAUGCUUUCAGGAUCCUGGAUGGAAAGUGAUUCCCAUGAAAUCAAAUUAGAAGGAGUGACCCCUGCUGUGAUGGAGCAGACCCUUCUUUACCUGUAUGGAGGUGUGACAGACAUCUUGGACAGCUGCACGGUCAGCGAGCUGAUCAUGGUGGCGGACAUGUACGGGUUAGAUGGCCUUAGGGAUGUGGUUCUCUAUAACCUACGAAGGGAUUACUGCCAUUUCUUCCAUAAGCCAUGUUCUAUCUGCGAGUCUGGAGUUGUAGAUACAUUUAGUCUCGCUGUCUCGUACAACAUGCCUGAAAUGCAGGAUCGAUGUGCAAAAUGGAUAAACAACAACAAAAUCAAAGUUUGGAGAACUAAAGCAUUUGCCAGUCUGCCUACAGAACACUUAGAAAUCUGCUAUAAUGCAGCUGCAUCAAGCCUGGACAUCACAAAUGUCCUUGAGGUGAUGCUGGAAUGCCAGAAGCUGAACAGAACAAUCCCUCAUCUGAAGUGGUGUGAGACAGUCCUUCAUUUUGUCACUCUGUUAAUGGACAGUGCUGUGGAGUUUACUAGUCAAAACUUUGAUAAACUCAUCAACAGUGAACAUUUCAUGAAUCUAGACAAGGGUCUUGCCUUCAAGGUUGGAUUGGUAGAGGAGUUAUUUGAGAGUGUUGUGAAGUCAUUACCCAUUAAGACAGCUUGCAGAGCCUUUGUCAGUUUGACCCAAAUUAACAAUAGUUUAACCCAAUUAGAGGGCCAGCAGAUUAGCCCUAUUAGUGAGGAAUUUAAAAAUUUUGUUUCUUCACUUCUUCGGAUGUGUGAAAAUUUCCUAAGGAUGCAUAUUCAUCAAAUAGUCAACACAGAGAACUGGAGCAUACUUCCUAAAGAACUUCAGACCAAUCUCCUAGCAUCUUCAAAUUUUGUAUGUUUGGAAGCUGUUCCAAAAGGUAGAAGAGCUCCACCAAAACUAACAAGUAUGCUAGAGAAAUCUAAUCCUAAUAAACAAUCCAAUGAAAGGUUAGCGGCAUCACAGAGGACAUUGCCAGACAAGAGCUCAACAACAUCAUCAAGUUAUGUUACAAGAGUGUUUACUCACAGGCAAGGGGCAGUAUCAAAACAAGACUCUAAAGGACUGACACAGAAUCUGGGCACAAAUAUUAACCAAUCAAAUCAGAGGCAUGGGUCACAUGGUAGUAUAGACAGGAUGACAUCACAGAGAGGAAGUCUUAGUGAGUCUGCCUCCUCUAUAAAUACUGGGGUGGAGGUUAUACAUGCUGAUAUUCCUCUGGAGACAGUUAACACUGAAAUGUCUCAAAGAGCAAUUUUACCUGACCCUAUUCAUCAUGUAGAACAAAUACAACCUGUUUUAAUCUGGAAUUUUCAUCUCUCCCUAUGAAUGAAAGAACAAAAGUAUUUGGAGAUGUGUUUUACACCUUUUUAUGUAUAAAGUAACAAUAGGGCAUUGUUUUUUGGUUUUUUUUAAUAAUGGCCAGCAGCCUUUUGAGAACAUUUGUUAUAUUUUAUUGUUGGCUAAAUUAGAAAUAUGGUAAAAUUAAACUACAAAAUUACUGCAGAAGAAUUUUUCAACCAAUAUUGAUGUGAUUUUUGCGGUACUAGUAUAACCCCAGAAAGUUAUAAAAUUUGAUACUUGAGAGGAAAAGGUUACAAGAAAAAAUUGGCAAAAAAAUUGGAAAAAGUUUUUAACAACAAGUAGUCCACAUACUUUAUUUAUUUAAAGAUUAAUUGAAUAUUCCAGUUGUUAAGGUAAAACAACAAAGUAUAUAUUUUUAGUUCAGUUCAGGAAUAAAAUUCCAUAUUCUCCAAAAAGAGGCACUAUAAAAGUAUGUAGAAAUUAGGAAACACAAUUUACCUUUUUCUGAAAAAAAACUAGAUUGUUCAUUAUGAAUGCAGCUUAAAUAGAGGUACAUGUAUAUACACACAAAUUUACCGAUAUGCAGAAAGUUCAAUGCAAUAAUGUAGCCCUCUCUAUUUUUUUUUUAAAUAGGGCAUUAUUUUUAGGUUACUAGUCACUCAGGUUACCUAUUGCUAUCUGUUCUCAGUACCAAUUUUAGCCAAUUUUGGCAUAUAUAAUCAAUGGGUAAAGGGGAACAAAAAUUGUGAAUUUCAUGAUUUUUGCCCCCAGGGGGCCUUAGGGACAGGGCCAAAACCAUCACAAUUAGUGUAUCUUCAAAAAUCUUCUUUACUCUUAUACAUUAAGCAAUCAAGUUGUUGGCAUGAUUGUAAUCAGCAUUGAGUCCUAUACUAAAAUUGUGAAAUUCAGGACCGCAGAAUGAGGGGUUAUGGUGGGGCUAUAUAUUAUCAUAAAGUAAAAAUGCAUAAUUUUUUUUUGAAUAUUUUUUUUUCUCCCCCCCCCCCCAAAGUAUGUAUUGCGGACAAACUAGAUGUAUGAUUAUGAUGAGCAAGGAUAUUGCUACCGGUAUCUAAAUUGUGAAAUUUAUGGCCCCUGGAUUAGGGGUUCUGGUGUUUAAUAGGAUGGGGCUCUAUUGAUCAUUUAAUUAGCUCUUCUGAGCCAAAGGCUCAAAGAGCUAAUGCUAUGGCCAUUUGUGCAAUGUGCAUAAACUUUAUAGAAUAUGGGCCAUAUCUCAAGAACCCCUUGGUCAAUUUUUGUCAAAUUUGUUACAGAGUAUCCUUGGCCCAAGGCUCUCAUUUAUAUUGAAACUAGGGAUGUGACUUUUAAACAAGGGGAGGUAAUUAGGAAAAUUAAAACAAAAGUAAUGGUUGCUAAAAAAAUCUUUCUCUCAAGACCCACUGGUCAGAUUAUCACCAAACUUACACACAAGGAUGAAGAUAUGUUGUAGAUUAAAAAAUUGUUCUAGGCAUCACCCUAGGGCAAAGGUCUUGCUACUAGAUAGGAUAAUUGAAGGGACUUAAACUGAUGUGCUAUAUUACAGUUAUGAAUCAUAACUUAUAAUUAUUCAUAACAGGUAAACUUGUUUUAGUCUGGAUUUUGUGUAUUCCAAAAUUUUGCCUAAUAAGUUGUAAACCUGAAAUCCCAGUCAGUAAAUUCAAUUUUUUAAAAAGUUGUCUAAACUGGAAUUGAACUAAUCUGGCCGAUUUCUUUGGAACCAGUGGUGUCCAGAUUAGAAAGUUUUACUAUAUUGUCACAUUGAAGGUAGCACUGGCGUAUACAGGCAAGGAAAUAAAUCUACUUUCAAAGUUAUCGCAGAUUAUUAUAUUGAGGCAAACUAUUUUGUUGAUCAUUGAUUACUCAAUUUCUUUUCUUUGUGAGCAACAUUGCUUUAUUAUAUUAUUAUCAAUUGGCCAUUCUAUGGACCCUUUACAGGAUUGCUUCAUACUCAGCUGACCUUUUAUGCCCUUAAGCCUCUUUGUUUUUACAAAACGAGAGGGUUACAUUAUUGCAACUAGUACAAAUCACAGUAAAAUUCUGGGAUAUCAGAAUUAUUUAUACAGAUGUUUGAUACUUAGUUUUAUAUUUAGGAUGACAAGGUAUUAACCUUGUAUGUGUUACCCCUGGACGACCUCUACAAAUCCUCAUAAAAAAGCUGCUCUAAUCAAUCUGUGUGAAGUAAGACUUAUAAUCAAUGUAUGCCUACAUGCUGAACAUGAUACUCUCACCUUGUUGUACCCAAAGCAGGCUUUUAAAAUGACAAAUACCCUGUAUUAUAGUAUCAGCCUUAGUUGGAACUUUUUCAUUUUAAAGGUUUAUUAUCAAUCUACAAUGCUUUGAUUUGAAGCUUACAAAUUGAAUUUCUUGUAUACACUUGGUAUUCUACAUAUAGUGCAUGUUUGGAGUUCCAUUUUAUUUAAAAGAUUUAAAAAGUGCAGUAAAAUACAAGUCAAAUUGUUUGAAAACAUUAAGCAAAAUUAGAAUCUGUUUCUUGAAUGGUCCCAUCAUUUGAUAUUAUUUCAGUCAUGUUCAGUGAAUACUUAUUUUUCCUUUUCUAUAUUGUUACUCUUUCAGAGGAGAGACAUAUUUUGUUGAUAAAUGCAGUUUCACUUGUUGAUAUGUUUUGUUUUAUUUUAUAUAUCUGUGAUAUCAUUGUUUUGUUUUAUUUAAUAAGAACAAUUUUUUAUAUGGUUUUUCAAAAGCUUUUUUAUGCAAAUAAAGGCAUUCAGUCUA